AUGUGCAGUCCAUUCACUUGUGGAGGCUUUAACAUUCAAGAAGAUGAAGAACUUUUCAGGUCAUGUAAUUAUUCUGCUCCAAAAAUAUCGAAAAGGAGCACCAGCUUUGGCAGCAGAAGAAAAAACAGCAACCCUUAUGCCAAUAGGGGUCUAGAGAAAUUCUAUGCACUUUUAGCAGAUCUUGAUGAGAAAAGACAGAAAAUAUACGCUCAGAUGGGCUUCGAAGACGUUUCUCUCGUUCGAUUUGUUUACUCGAAUUCCAAUCACGUCAAGCCCAUCGUCGUUAAAGUCAAGGAGAAAAGAUCACAAGACCACAAAGGAAAUGCUCGCGUAACUACGAACAAUCCUCAAGUGUCUGAGAAGUCUCCAGUCGAGACGUCUAAAGACGUGGUCGUCGGGAAUGAAGUUCAACAAGUGAAGGACGAAAAAUCCGACCGAAGGAAUAUGAAGUGUUGCUUGAUAUGUGGGAGGUUUAAGUUGGAAAAGUUUAGGCAACCUUGUUACUAUUUUCCGUUGGUUAUAGUGAUUAUUCUUGUGCUAUUGGCUAUUUAUGGACGAUCUUUUGCCAUAUUAUGUACUUCUAUUGGGUGGUAUUUGAUACCUACAAUCAAAGGGGGGAGCUCAGAUUCAAGCAAGCCAAAGAAGAAAAAGGACUAUGUUAAAAAAGUGAGUGAGAAAAAGAUUGUUACAAGUGAAGGAUUGUCUUCCCCAAGGAGCGUCCUAAACGGACCAAGAGACAAGUCCCCUCGACAACAUGGCUAA